AUGGAUGGCGAGACGGCCGCUUUCCUCGUCUUUGACUCCCUAGACAAUAUCCCAUCAGAGCUCCUUCACUUGCUCGAUGAGCUGCGCUCGAUUGAUUACAAGUCUACUGAAUGGAUGCGCAAAAUUCGUAGUCGCGAGCACCACAUCAGUAAGCAUAUACGCUCGCAUGGCUCACUAGAGGUCUUUCCAAAAGAAGACCAAUAUAUACCCAAAAUGCGCACUGAUUUUGCAAGAGCCAUCGAGAAGACGUAUGAGAAGGAGACUUUGGCAAAGCGCGCACUUGAGCUGAUUGAUCGGACACUCAAGAAGCUUGAUGAGGAGACUCGCAAGAUUGUAUUGAUGGAAGGAAGUGGUGGGACUAAUCUGAGCUCAGGCCUCGGUACACCCACCGUUGCUGCUGCAUCGCCGCUAGGACAAGCUGCGUCUCCUGCCUAUGUCCAUACCUCCAUCGCAACACCUUCUCAAGCGCCGAGCCCAGCAGGAACACAUGCCACCAUCAAUGGUCACGCUACACCCGUCAAAUCCCUCAAACGCGCAAGAACAGGCUUACCGCGCCCGCUUCCUAGUUCAGCACUCGCAGGCCCGCCGCUCUUACCAAAUGGAUAUCCAGCGCCUCCAAAAGACCGUGGCCUGGAUCACGAAGAUGAUGAGAAUGGAGAAGAUACGACAACCUAUUGUUUCUGCGAACAAGUAUCCUAUGGCGAAAUGGUUGCAUGCGACAACGACUCUUGCGCUCGAGAAUGGUUCCAUUAUGGCUGUGUUGGCUUGAAGGAGCCACCAAUUGGGAAGUGGUACUGUAGCGAGUGCGUCGAGCAGAAGAAGGUCAAGCGAUCGUAA